AUGGCUAGUGAACACAGAGCAAGGACAAGCAAGGACUCAGAAGCCAAUUUGGCUCAACCUGAGGAAAUACAGAUUCAGGUUGGUCUGGUAGGAGAUGCUCAAGUGGGCAAGACAUCGUUGAUGGUAAAAUAUGCACAAAAUGGGUUUGAUGAGGAAUACACACAAACGUUAGGAGUCAAUCUUUUGAAGAGAAAGGUCAGGAUAAAAUCUUCUAAUAUUGUGUUCUCGUUAAUGGAUCUGGGAGGCCAGAAGGAAUUCAUUAAUAUGUUACCCAUCGCCUCGGUGAACUCAUCGGUUAUCAUAUUCUUAUUUGAUCUAACAAGACCAGAAUCCUUGGAAUCCAUUAAAAAUUGGUAUAUGCAGGCGCAUGGCUUAAAUCAUGACGCCGUUUGUAUACUAGUAGGAACUAAAUAUGAUCUCUUUAUAGACCUACCCACUGAAUAUCAAGAACAAAUUUCCAGAACAAGUAUGAAGUAUGCACAGGCAAUGGAUAGCCCACUAAUAUUUUCAUCCUCCAUUGCAUCCAUUAACAUUCAAAAAAUCUUCAAAAUCGCAUUAGCUAAAGUCUUUGAUUUGACUUUGAUAAUACCUGAGAUUACACAAAUUGGUGAUCCGUUAUUGAUAUACAAACAUCUAGGGAGCUUUGCAGGCCGAAAAAGGAAUAAUAAAUAA